GGGCAGUGUUUUGACUUCUAAAGCGAGGAUGUGAGUCGAUGUUUUUUUUGGAAUUGAGCUUUUUAGCUCACAACAACAACCACCCCCAUCUCCUGCCCUCGGCCUGAACUCAUGGAUCCCGGUGGAAGCGAACUGGACUCCAGCCUGCCUCAGCCGGAGAACCCGUGCCUGAUCGUGGAGGACUCUCAGCCGGACAGUGUCGGUUUGGAAGACGACCCGGAAAGCAGCUACCGGGCGCUGCUGGCCCGCCGCCUGUCCAGCCUGCAACCAGCCGCCCGCAGCCCGGUUCUGGAACUAAUAUCUUCCCCACCAGGAAGCAGAUGCUCCCAAACUGACAGCCAAUCAGGGGGCAACAAUCAGGCUGAGCCAG